CGUAAAUUGGUUUCACAUGUAGCUUGUCUGAAAGUGAGGGUGUCGGAUUAUCGGAGGAAUGAGGUCUGACUGUAUACAAGCAAAUUGUCUAAAACCCGGAGAUUCAAAGCCGUUUUCAAGUUUCUAAUUAGCUUAGACUUUGAGAGCGAGACAAUUAGGCCUCCCAUUUAGAUUUCCCACGAUUUGUAGAUGCAUGCAUGCUCAUUCAAUGCUCUUAUACAGUGCUUACUGUGCAAACAUGCACCAGGAAUGCAAUUUUUUGUCAAGAUUGCUGUCAGCUUCUGUUCUGUUCUGGCUGCUGGACUGGUCCACUCCACUGAGAAGCAAUGCCAUAAAAAAGAACGUCUAUCUCCGCUCCGACCAGAGCAGUGGAGAUCUAAUGAUUUGCGAGUCCGCAGACGAAUUUCGUGCUGAGAGGGUUACCCUCUAUCAUGGCACAAGGAAUGAAUAUAAAAUAGGCAACGGCAAGUGUGACGACAAGAACGUCUGCAUUGAAAAGUUCACAACUCCUAGAGGAAGAGGAAAGCUAGAAAUAAAAGGUUUCAAUCCGGAUAUUCAUACGGGAUAUUACAAAUGUGAAAUAAUUCGUCAUAACGGAGAAGUCGAGACAUGCAUAUGGCACGUCUCACUACUUGACGAGAGCCAACUGAACCUGAACGUUCACAAUCAAUCUGAAACGUAUACGUGGGCUGACGUAGACUCAUACGUCGACUCUGCUUUGUCCACAAAUCGUUUCAAAGCGAUUAGAAUUCGUUGCGGUAUUUCUAAGUAUAUACUAGAUGCAACACGAAAGCCACAAAUUGAAUGGUACUACAGCAACAACGUCACAAUUUCCCACAAUUUUCAAGAGCAGCAUCCGUUUCAGAAAAGAUCGUCAGUCUUUCGGACAACCAAAAUCGAAUGGCAAGAUUUGUUUAUUCCUGAACGCGUGAGAGGCAGUCUGUGGAAGGGAGUCUACGUCUGCGCUGCUUUUCAAAGAGAUGGUAACAAAACGCUAGCUGAGAUCGACAAGUUAGAAGCAAGAAAAGUAGACGUUAUUUUAGAAAAUUUCAAUUUUUUUGAAAUCAACAAAAAUUAGAUCUGUCCGUGUAAUUAAAAUGGAAGCAAUAAACAUUUUAGCAAAAUUAGGAACUUUAAGUUAUUGCAUGUUUUUCAAAGUGCAUGACGUUAUGCUGUGAA